AUGGCUGUAAAACUGCUGCUCUGCGCGCUCGUCGCCGGCAGCGUGGCGCUGCGCGUCCCGCGGCGGCGCUUCCUGGCGUCCGGUGCCGCGCUGCCAGGCGCGUGCGCGGCGCGCGUCGCCGGCGCGCGCAACCUGCCGGAAUCGACGGGCGCCAAGGGCGACAACCGCGGCACCGUGGCGGCGCUGGCGCCCAUCGCGCGAGUGGAGGCGUCGCUCGCGGCCGCCGCCGAGGCCGCCAAGACGAAGAAGCUCGACGCCGUCGCGGCCGCGCUCGCCGAGCCGCCCAGGGACGAGAAGAGCUUCAAGCGCCUCUUCGACGAGUACUCGAGCGACGUCUCCUACAAGCAAAAGUACAUGGACAGCAACGCGUUCGUGGUCUAUUAUACGAAGGGCUUCGACGGCAAGGACCGGCCCAACAUCGAGGACGACCCCGCGGCCGAGCGGCAGACGAAGCAGUUCGGCUUCCGCAACGACGCCUGGGCCGCCGUCGACGACGCGCGCGCCGAGGUCGCCUACCUGAAGUCCGAGCCCGCGGAGUCGCCCGCGGAGCUCGUCGCCAUGCUCGGCCGCGCGACCGCGGCCAUGGCGGGCUACCUCGCCCUCGCGCCGCCGGAGGACGUGGCCGCGGCGCGGAAGGCGGGGCGGUAA